CUGAAUAUAUAACAUAGGUAUAUCUAUGUAGUUUCUCCAUCAGUGUAUUCUCCAAAAUUCUCAACCUGUUGCAUUGCAUUCAACUUGUUCAAUAUUACUUGGAAGGCUAAAUUAUUGUCUGUCAAACUCUCGAAUAAUUUAUUUGACAAACUCUCCACUUUAUCAUUCACACAUUCUUAUCGGCUAAUUGGCAGGACAGAUUAAAUUUCAAGAGGACCACGUCGAGCUGGGUUACACAGAUUUGCUACAACAAGGGCUGCAACAAUGAGUGACGAGACCCUUCUGUACCCUGCCAUCGAGCCAUUUUUCUCCGGUCACCUUAAAGUUUCUGAUCUGCACUCAAUUUACUACGAACAAUGUGGAAAUAAGGAUGGGCUUCCAAUCGUCUUUUUGCAUGGGGGCCCAGGCGGCGGAAUUUCGCCACGAGAUCGGCGAUUCUUCGAUCCUAAAGCCUACCAUGCUGUCCUUUUCGAUCAACGUGGGGCCGGAAAGUCGACACCGGCGCAUUGCUUGGAGGAGAACGAUACUUGGAGUUUGGUGGAGGACAUUGAAAAAUUGAGAAAACAUUUAAACAUUGAGCGAUGGGUCGUGUUCGGUGGCAGCUGGGGCUCUACGUUGGCCUUGGCGUAUGCUGAAAAGCACGUCGAUCGCGUCUUGGGUCUCGUUCUGCGAGGUAUCUUCACCCUGAGAAAAGCAGAAAUUGACUGGUUUUACCAAAAGGGCGCAUCGUUCAUGUUUCCGGAAGCGUGGGAACAGUAUCUCGAGCCAAUUCCGGUGGCAGAGAGGUCUGACCUGCUUUCAGCGUAUCAUAAACGACUCAUCGGAGAAAAUCAGACUGAGCAAGUAAGGUGCGCCAAGGCUUGGUCCACCUGGGAAAUGGCGACGUCGCAACUUCGUACAAAUCCGGAAAACCUUGCGAAGGCAGCAGAGGAUAAAUGGGCGUUAGCAUUUGCAAGGAUCGAGUCCCACUACUUUGUCAACGAGGGGUUCAUGCGGCCAAAUCAAAUUAUUGAAGACGCUGGAAUCAUCGCAGACAGCGGAAUUCCCGUCUCCAUUGUGCAAGGGCGGUAUGACGUCGUCUGCCCAGCCACGACUGCAUGGGACCUCUUUAAGAAGAUUCCCAAGGCGGAGUUCUUUAUUGUGGAUGAUUGUGGUCAUUCCGCGAAAGAAGUGGGGAUUACAGAAAAGCUGGUGGCGGCUUGUGAUAAGUAUAAGAGUCUGAAAAAGUAAAACUGUAUAAAAUCAUGAAUUGGAUUGGAUACUGAAAUUGAAGUAAACAUGAAGAUUUGUUAGGUUCACACAGGUAUGAUUUUGCGAAUAAAGGAUUAACAUUAUUUAAGGAA